AUGUCAGAACUACAGUCUAGAUCUCAAAUAGCCGUUCUGGGUUCAGGAAGAGUAGGAAAGAGUUCAAUUCUUCAACAAUAUUUGAAUGGUGCAUUUUCAAACGCAUACAAAGAGACAGUUGAAGACAUUUAUCCUCAACCAUAUGAUAUUAAUGGAAAGCGAAGAUUUGUUGACUAUAUGGACACUGCUGGGAAUAUAUACUUUCCUGCAAUGCGUAAAAUAUACAUUUCAAAGGCAGAAGGAUUCAUUCUAGUUUACUCAAUCUGCGAUAGCAGGUCAUUUGAAGAGGUAAAACAACUGUGGAAUGAAAUUAAGUCUGUUAGGGAAAACAAUUUAAGUAUACCUUGUGUUAUUGUUGGCAAUAAACUAGACGAAGAAAAUAAAAGACAGGUUGAAACCUUUGCUGCAUUAGAAUGGGCUUACAGGGAGAACCUUGGUGGAUGUUUUAUAGAAGUGUCUGCCAAAGAUAACAACACAGUCAAAGAAGUUUUUGACAUGCUCUUGGAACAGUUGGGGAAUAGGAGAGCUGCACAACCAGAAACAUUCAGAAUACGUUCUACCAGUUUCACAAGAAAAGAAAACUCGUUUAAAAAAUGUCGCAAUAACUAUAAACAAAAGAAGAAUAAGAAGAUGGUGUCAUAUGAAAAAGUGCAGUGUUCAAGCAAAGGCUUCCAAGAUAACGUAUUUGACGAUUUUAAAGAAUCAACAAUUUAUAGAGUCCAAAGGAAACAAAAGGAGUUUUGUCGGACUAUGAGUGAUAGCGACGCCUUGAUUAAACAGAAAAAUAAUGAAAAACAGUUUUCACGUAGCAUGAGUGUGCCAAACGAAAAAACAAAAAGCGGAUAUCAAGGAUGGAGAAAAGUUAAUAGACUUUUUAAAAAAAUAUUUCGACUGUCAGAUUCAACGGUUGAUGAUUUAACAGAGAAGAGAGAUGGUCACACUGUUAUGUUGCUGAAUAGUAAACUACAAGGAAAUAGAACACGAAGUUAG